AACGUACGGAGCACGUUUUCGCGUUUUCGCGCUGAUCUAAUUGCGUGCGGUACCAAAACGUUUGCAAACUCUUCUAAAAAGAAAUUGAUGAAAACGCUUUUCGUUUCAACAAGCUCCAUUGCAAAGUGAAUGACGAGGUGGUUCUGAUGAAGAUGCUGGCAGGAAGAUGUUUGAUCACUUUUUGACGUCACGUCUCUCCCACCAUGGAAGCGGAUGUGAGAUGGUGCCCCCACUGCCGGCAGAGCGGAGAGAAGAAACGACUGCGACUCCUUCAGAUCAACGACAGCCUGGCAGUUUUGCUUUGUGAAAAUGAAAAGUGUGUGGGCCUUGGAGAGACUUCAUCCACCUCCACGGUCAUUCAUCAGAGGAAAGCUUCGGACAUUCCGAACACCAGGAAGAAGAAAAACAAACUGUUGCCUGCAUGCAAUGCAGCUCCAAAGAUACCGGACUCGAGCCCACCAAACGGCAGUAUUCAAUCUUCAGACGCAGGAAAUGCCGAAAGCCUUUCAGAAAAACAAGCAUGCGGUACUCCAAUUGAUUCCAAGUGUGCAAUCAACAAUGCAUCCCCAGCACUACGAGCGGGGAGCUUCUCGUCAACAGCCAUGCCCCAGGUCGCGCUGUGGGCGAACAAGAGCGCCCUCUGUUGGCUGGACGCCUGCCUGUGCCUGCUGGUAGCGUGCCGCAGCCUGCAUACCUGUGUCGCGAAGCUGCCAGCAAAGUCGUCCGUGAGAACACUCUGCACGGCGUUCGUAGAAGCUCAGAGACCGCGGACGACAAAAAAGAGCGAAACUCAGGAUUCAUGUUGUGACGAAUCUCAGCUUUCCGAGGCAAGUGUGCUGCCCCCCGUAAGACUUACGUGUACAGGGGACACAAGUACAAAUGCCGUUCAUAGCAAUACAGACAUCACGCGGACCGCACAGUCUGAACAGGAUUCACUUCACUCAACUCGUAAUGCCGAAUUUUGUCAGACAAAGGGAGAAAGUGAUCCGUUAGACAAAGCAAGAGAUGAGAUUUAUCGGAGGCUGCAGCCGAUGAUGAAAUGCGAGUCAGGGGAGGAGGAUUCGCCGGUGGUCGCGUUGGCGUCGUUGCUUCGACUCGACGGGAGCGUUGAGGAGCAUUUCAUGUGCCAAUACCGAUGGGAGUUCUGCUGUAGUGUGUGCGGCUUCACACAGGUCAAUCGGACUAAGAAGACAAUGCCAACAUUCACCAGCGUGCCUGCCGACUUCAGCAUGAAGGACCCAGUGAUGCUGCACAGCUGCCACAAGUGUGGCGCUCAGCAGCAGAGGAGCAGACUUGUCUUUCACAGUUUGUCAGCGUGUGUGAUGAUGCAUUUUCAAGGAGGUCUUCCUGACAGUGACUUGUCCAAGCACCAUACUUUCAUCUUCAGUGGAGAUGCCUACACACUUGCAGCGGUGGUCCGUUACCGUGGCAAUCCAAACCAUUUUGUAACUCUGGUCCGAGACCAAGAAACAAACCAUUGGCUUGAGUAUGACGACCUAAUGCCGUCUCCCUUCACGUGGCAGCCCGAACCCCCUAGCAUCCCUGCACACGAGAUCCACAUCAUGGUCUGGGAACGCUCAGAAAAACCCUGCACAGCGUGUGCCGAAAUGCACCUCAACGUCACCGGCAUACUGGAUGCACCAGUCCACACUCCUGCAAGUGGUGUUCCAGUGGGGGAUGCAGAUGCAGCACCUCAGCAGCACAGAUCCGCCCAGUGGAACGGGAACGGCAGCUGGAGAAAGUCUAAGUUCUCUUUAUCUAACUCCUUCUGGCGGAAAAGUGUGCAAGAACGGGACGCAACAAAUCGCAGCGACAGUGGUAGACAUAGUAGCGGGCCAGCUAAAGUCGGCCAAGAGACUUCUGAUGCUAUUGAUGUCGAUAAGGAGACAAACGGGUCCGGAGUAGAGAUCGAUCUGACAGCUGAAAUGGAGUCUGCUCCUACAGUUGACGAGGGACUUGAGGAAUCGAAGAGUGACUCUUUUGGCAAUUUGGAUCCCCAAAGUCUUUCCAAAGUCGAUACCAAAGAGACUCCAAAAGUGCCAAGGAGUAACCAAAAUGCAACUAAAAAGCCACAAAGAAACGCAAGGACUGAACAUUUACAAGACGGCAAAAGUGUCAUCUCACUAAAAACCAACGCCGCGAGGAAGCCAGAACUUAAUACGGAUGCUCCACAACCUACCUUCCUCAGGAGUCUCUUAUGCCGGAGGAAGAGCAAUAAGGAUAAAGAUCAAACCACGACCACCGCGGCGAUUCUUGCAAAGAUCCCCGACCAGCUGAUGAAGUUCUCAAGACACAGCAACGUGUCGUCCCGCCCACGAAUUGGAAGCGCGCCCUCAAAUCAGGAAAGCACUUCCAGGAAUGCGUCUGUCUUGAGCAAGAUUCCCAAGCAGUUGCUGUCUGGAUCUGCGAAUCCUCGGGCAGCGCCUUCCCAACAAAGCCAGUCCGAACUGAGCAGGCCAGCAGCUAGGCCAAAACUGGUUGGUUCCUCACGCCGGGUACCAGUGAAGCAAGUGAAAUUCCAGCCGUACGAACAGAAUCUUGAACUGAAAAUCCAACAAGAAAACAAGAAGAACUUGCCGGUUAAACAAGGCAUCCGCAGCAACGCCAGCACCUUGAACUCUUGGCAAAAGAGAGUAGGGAAGUACUCGUCCAGCGUCGACGUUCCCAGGAAGAGAGUAAGGCGAGAUAGUUCGGAAGACAGCUCCAGUACUUACUCUGACCUGCCGAAGCACGCAGGACCCCCGUGCUCCUCGGUCUCAAGCCCCAGCGCCUGCUCGGAUAUUAGCUCCCUAUCGGACAACCAGUUGUUUGCAAGUGGAAGGAACGAUCUGACUAACACGAUAGAUGAACUGUGCAAGGUGCUGGACAUCGGCGGCGAUUAUACUCCACCUGUGAGUUCGCGGCUCUCGAGUCCAUCCCAGGACAUGUUCUUCUCGGAACUGUUUACGAAUGAACCAGUAUCGGAAAGGCUUGACCCAAUCUCACAUGCGAACAGUACUGGACUGCAGAUGCCCCUGGCAUCUUUUGAUAAUCACGCACCAGUUACCAUGGCAACAGAGAUGUCAGCAACAUCCUCAACGUCACAUACCCACUUACAUUCCUCAAUACAUGAACACUGCCCUAGUAGUGUCACAGCGCCCUCUGUUGAAAGUUUUCGACCAGCUGCAACAGCGCUAAGUACGUCCACGCCCAUGGGGAGUAACAAAUUACAGACUGAUCUAGCAGCUGCAAACAUCUCAUCUCCAAACCCAUUAGAAGGAACACUGCCCUCUGUUGGUACUGAACGUCUAGCUUUGGCACCAGUUGGCUGCCCAGCACAAUCCCAGUCUGCAAUGCUGCCCUCUUGUGACUCAAUGCAGUCAACCAUAGACCCUGUCGCUAUGCAACAAGACUCUGACAGGCCCAUGCAACACGUUGACAACAGUCCUGUAUCGCAUGUAGCGUCACACGGCGAUCACAUGACCGCGGCCAGUGGUUUCAGUUCGUUAACAGACACAGAAUCAGAAAGGAAUAUCAUGGCCUUUUCAAGCAGUACUCACUGUGAAGCUGCCCAAGCAAUGGACGAUAUAAUAGACACAGGGUUGUUUGAAGAUAUUCAGGAAAGCUUGGAUAUGUUAGGAUCGGAAUGGAACGAGAAUUUGAUCGAGUUACUCGCACAGUGAUUGACCUUUUUUUUUUUCUUGGAAACAAUUUUUUCACCCACUUAAAAUAUCAAGGGAACCAAAAUUUAAUUUAUACAUCAUUACUUGUAAUUUUGUGAACUGACAACCCUUUGCAUAACUGGAAAAGAAAUUACACAAAAGGACAUUGUUUUGUCCAAAUCAAAUAAAUCCACUUUUCAUCAAAGACAUUUUUUGAGGUGGUUUUGAAAUAGAUCCAUUUUCCAUUGGUUCACUUGUAAGUAACUUAAUUAUGCAGCACAAAAGUUGGUUCAUGAUGAUAAUUGUGUACGAGUUUUCAGUGACAAAAAGUGGAGUCGACCAGUGUUGAUUGUAGAAUUUAAUUAUUUCACUAAUUGAUUCUAUUCAGAACCCAAUUUCACGGCUCUGCUAACCACAGAAUUCCGCGCUUAGAUCACAAUUCUGUGCUAACAAUGCUAGCACAAAAAAGUCUGUGCUAACCCAGUAAGCACAGAAUCAUGAGUUACAGAAUGUACGCCGCGCAUAAGCCAAAACUCUAAGCCAAUCUGUUAAAUAUGCUUACCAUAAGCAAUUUUCUGCUACAGGUAAGCGUAGAUUUUCAGAAACGGUAAGCAGAACCAUAAAAAUUGGGCCCUGUUUUCUGGCAGAAGUGAAGCCUUUUAACUAAAUGAUGGGUUCCCUAAUCAUUUUACUGUUCAAUUUCUUGAACCGUUUAAGAUGAUUUCAUCAUUCAAAUGCAUGUCUUUUAAGAUUGAAGAAAAUGAAUGUCUCAAGAAACGUAAAAUUGAGAAACAAUUUCUGCGUAAAUGAAUUCCGUUCAUAUUUCAGACUUGUCCCUUAUUGUACAUCUCUAACAUUGAAAAUAUACAAGUUGCUGUGAAUUCUAAAAGAAAUAAAAAAACAUAAAUAUCAAGUUGAAAUGGUUAAAUAAGGCAUAUGAAAACCAUUGAUAAGUAUUAAACCACCUUCCUACUAUGCCUUUUUUUCAAGCUUUGAGUUCUAAAAUUUCAACUGAGCUGUUAAGUGUACAGUGAUGGCGUUUUGUACGGGGAAAAAAGUAUGUAAACAAAGUUAAAAGUCCCUACCGAAAUCCACACUAGAUUAAAAACCACAUGUGCUUUGUACGUUUACUUUCCAGAUAUGUUGGUUGCAUUUGAUAUGUUUUUAUACCACUGUAUGAUGCCACUCAGAUCUUGUAAUUAAAUGAUUUUGUAUUUAUCUUGAAUAAAAUUUAGUUUUGAAGAAAACAAAGCAAAAACAAA